UCAACCACUUUACAUUGUAAUUGUAAAUUUAUUAGGAAAUUAUGGUAAUGUUAAUAAUAAAGUACUUACCUGUGUAUACUAGUUAGUUCAUAUGCGUAAAUGACAAAUCAAAAGUAAAACGUCACAUUUCCGUUGUUCAAUUGUCUAGUUUGCAACCCAAAUAAAUUGUUAAAGUCAUGUUUAUUAUUUUUUAAAAAAAGAAGUUUUUACUGCAAUAUUUGCAUUAUUUUUUAUUCCUACGAAUAAUGGCUGAUGAAAACAAUAAAUUCGAAAUCAUAUGGAUCGACGAUUCAACCGUGAGAAGAACAGUUUUGCAACUAGGCGAAAAUGUUAUUGGGAAUAUCAUUAAUUCGGACGAUGAUGGUCAACGCUUUAUUGAAGAGGCUGCUGUCAUAAACCUGUCUCCUGAUGAUGAAAUCACCAUUUCACCAUGUCAAGGAAUAUCCUGUUUUGUGAAAAAUUUUGGAGCUCUACGGUGGAAAUCCAUAGGCCAAAAUUGCGUAACACCUCUUAACAUCAGGGAUACCUGCUUGUUGUUUCCAGUUAAAAUUUGGCUCAGAGUAAUAUCUACAAUGGAUGAUGACAGUGAAAUUAGAAAUUCUAAGAGAAAGAUGGAAGAAAUAAUCGAAGAUGAGCCAAUCGAUAAAAGGUGCCGUUCAGAAGUUGGUUUGGAAAUUGAGUCUGUGAAACCAAUUUCGUACAACAACAAUCACGAACCUUUGGAUGAGGAAAAUUUUUUGGAAGGUUCAAAUUGUAUAGAAGAUAAUGAGGAAGUCGAUACUCUGACGAAUCCAGAUAACAUUGAUAAUAUUUCCGUACAGUCUUCUAAUUUUAGUAUUGCUGAAAAUGAUUCUGAAGUACAAGCAGACUCCUUGCCCUCUAAAAACCAAAAUGAAGAAAAUCAGAAUUUGGCAGUAGAUGAUGAAAAUGCCUCUGAAACAGAUGCUAGCGUUUUGUUGUGUUCUGCUAGUCGAAAUGAUGCUAAUCAGAAUGGAGAUAAUGAAAAUGACACACAACAUUCCAAUAAUCGGAACUCUGACUCUGAACCAGCGCAACAAAAUGAAAAUACCGAAGAAUCAACAAAUGAUGAUGGUACUGCGAAUACUAACAAUCAGGCAUCUACCAGCGAUACUCAAAACACGCGACGAGAAAAAUGCAAAUACAGAGAUAAAUGUUACAGGCGGAAUCAAGAACACAAGCAAAAGUUUAGUCAUCCUGGAGAUGCUGAUUAUGACCAGCCUGAUACUAGACCGGAAUGCCCAUAUGGUCGCAGAUGUUACCGCAAAAAUCCACAGCACAAAUUAGAUUAUAAACAUCCUGAACCUAGGCAAAGACCAGCUCGUGCAAGAUCAGGAUCUCCCAUAGAUAUGUCAGAUUUAGAUGAUGAGUACAUGGAUGAGUCGGUGGAUGAAUCGGAAUAUGAAGCGUCAUUCAUAGAUGAUGAUAGUGAUAUGGAAGAAUGGGAAAGCGAUUACGAAGAUUAAUUAUAUGAGAAAAUGCAAAAUGUCAUAAAAGUAAAAACGAGUGAUUGAUUACAAAAAUUCUCUGAGUGUA